CCUCGUCCUCCUCAAUUACCUCACUUUCUUCUUUCAUACUAUCUUUCCUUUGUUUUCUGCAUCUGACUCCACGAAACCUUUUGAAUGCACGCAACAAGAGUUGGUCAAAAUGACUGGACAUCAACGACUCCUUCAUCUAGUCUGUUUUGCAACCCUUCUGUGGUCAUUUUUGUGUAACGGAGCCCCCUUCAAUGUGGUAUCCAUCCGUCAGGAGCAUAGCAGAUCGCCUGCAGAUAACAGCAUUGUCGACAAGCAUCUCCAGGGCUACACCACAUCUGGAUCUCAAUGCCUGGACACCAACAGCGAAACGCAGCUGGAUAAAACCCUUGGUUCUACGUUAUCUAAGAGGGCCCUGAAGAGUAAACCCGGGUUUGGUUCUAAAUUACUGAAGGGUCUCCCCAAUCUGGCCACUAAGCAGCCCUCCCGUGUUAGGAAGAACAGAGAUCAGUCUUCUACUGAAGAAGGGUCUAAAAAGAAGGGUUUCAUGAAGGGGUCUACUGAUGACGCUUCUACUGAGGGGUCAAUUGAUGAGGCCUUUACUGAAGAGGGGCCUAAGAAGAAGGGGUCUACUAAAAAGGGGUCUCUUGAUGAGGGGUCUUUUGAUGAGGCCUCUACUGAUGAGGGGUCUGUUGAAGAUACCUUUACUGAAGAGGGCUCUAAAAAGAAGGGCUCUAAGAAGGGGUCUACUGAUGAGGCUUCUACUGAGGGGUCUAUUGAUGAGGGGUCUUUUGAUGAGGGGUCUGUUGAAGAUGCCUUUACUGAAGAAGGGUCUAAGAAGAAGGGUUCUAAGAAGAAGGGAUCUACCGAUGAGGCUUCUACUGAUGAGGCUUCAACUGAAGAAGGAUCUUCUGAAGAAGCCCUCAAUGAAAAAGGGUCUAAGAAGAAGGGUUCUAAGAAGAAGGGGUCUACUGAUGAGGCUUCUACUGACGAGGCUUUAUCUGAUGAGGGGUCUUUUGAUGAGGGAUCUUCUGAAGAAGCCCCUGCUGAUAAGGGGUCCAAGAAGAAGGGUUCUAAGAAGAAGGGGUCUACUGAUGAGGCUUCUACUGAUGAGGCUUUAACUGAAGAGGGAUCUACUGAAGAAGACUCUGCUGAAAAGGGGUCUAAGAAGUCGUCUAAAAAGAAGGGGUCUGGCGAAGAGGACCUUACUUAAAGACGCUUAACUUAAGAGGGCUUCUGUAUUACAGUCACCUGGGAAGAUGUGCGAAAGUUGAAUGUAUUUACACGUUAUUAUUCGCAUUCUCCAUAUAGCUGUAGCCACCCUGAUUCGUAC